CAGUUAAGUUGUGACGCUGCAACGCUUUCCGUAUAAGGUAAACAAGCUUACAAAGCGAAUCAGUGAGUCAUGCAGAUACGUGUGUGACGAUUAGUGAAGGUAGAAAUACGGUCGCAGAGAUGUGAGUGAUUCGUUUAACUUAUUCAUCAGGCUGUUCAUGUGAAGAUACAAAUUUUAUUAUAGUAUUGAAUAUAUUUUGAGAGCAAAAAUGUGUGAAAGCCGAGUAAAUACUUCUGUGGGGACAUUUUACUUCAACCAGGACACGUCUGCCAACUUUAGCGAAGCAAUCAAGGGAUGCGAAGAGAAAUAUCAGUCCAAACUUGCGCUGAUCAACAGCGUUGAAUCUAUGGCAGCUGCGAGAGAAUCGCUGAAGGCCGGGUCGUGUCUAAGUAAUUUCUUCUGGAUUGGAUUAAGCAGGGAAGGCGGAAGCAGCGCGAAACAUAAUUGGAUUGAUGGAACUACAUUUGAUCCAAGCAUAUUCGGAGAAAUUGGGGGAACGGGGACUUCAAAUCAAUGCAUAGGAACUCUUAUUAACAAGGACGGUAGUCUUAGCACUUUUUUGUGCUCCGAGAAAAUACCUUAUCUAUGCUACAGCCCGGUCAGUGAGAGUACAACUACAGCGGUAAUUCCCUCGGCAGCACAAAACGCAACCAGUGUAGCAGGAUUACUCGGUGGAACAUCAGGAAAUGUACGAUUAGCGGUUGGACUGUCGUUUGCAUUUAUACUUCUGGCAUUGCUGGUCGCUUUUGUUGUUGCAUUAAGAAAAAGAAACUUUACAAGGCAUCCGAUGUUAAAGAGUCCAAGCAUACACCAAACAAGCGACAAUGGGACGACGGUCUCGCUGGGCAGCAUUGGAAGCGACAAGAGUUACGUAAAUCUGCAGCUUAAAAUGGAGAACCAUAACGAGGUAUACAACAACAGCCCAAAGAAACAAGAAACUGGCAUCGAAUAUUCAACGUUAAACAACGUGGAGAGAUCCGCCACAAGUUUGAAAGAGGAAACUAAAUCUGAUGAACUUAAGAAGAUUGCGGAUGUCUAUACGAUGCCCGUCAAGCGAAACAAACAUGAACCUUUAUAUACAACAAUUACGUAAUGACUCAAUACUUUGCCUUUGGAAUAUACAGUGUUUAUUGCAAUUAUAUUUUAUUAUAGUUCAUGCAUUUGAAGUUCAGCUUUGAGUUUUAAAAGUUUAUAGUGUAUCAUUCACUUUUAUAAAUAAACUAACUGUUGCCCCUAGCGAACAUAGAGCUAAUAGAACACGUAUUAUACGUAAAACUUUAAGGAUAAAUCAACCAAUUCUCAUGACGUAUAUAUAGACUCGGGUGCAACGAGCAUACCAUUAUAGAUGCUUCAUGACGUAUAUCUUUAUAUCGGGCUGACAAAAGAGUAUUGCUUGAAUCAUGACUUCCAGAACACUGUUGGUGAUUAACUUUAAGAUCGAGGGAAGGUUCAGUUGAUGAUUUGAAGCGGAACAUGGGAGGCGUUAAGUUGGUGUGGUUCGUUGUGGUUUUGCUGUUCGUAUUGCAAACAACAUAUGCAAGUUUCAACAGUUAUAGCUCCAAUAAUGGGACGUUCUUAUAUACUUGUGGAAACACUCCCCAUUAUUUUUCUGAUGCUGUUGAAUUAUGCGAGCAAGCGAACGCACAACUGGCUGUUAUUAACACGGAGGAAAUGUUUAACGGUGCUCUGCAAGUUUUCAGCAAGUGUUUAAAAGCAUAUUUCUGGAUCGGUUUAAGCAGAAAUGAAAGUAUUGGUAACGAAUAUCGGUGGUUAGAUGGUUGUCGGUUUGAUUCUAACAAGUCGAUGGAAGAACAAUUAUAUAUAAUGAUACUACAGGUUGUGUGGGAGUUGCGUUACAGAGGCCAAAUAUUUUAACAGCCACAGUGUGUAAUGGCCUGUACCACGUUCUUUGUUUCACCACACAAAACAUAUCAACCACAACAACCAGAACCGAAACCACAGUCUCAUCAACAACGUAUAACCCAACAAGCACACACCCAAUAUUAGCGACAACUGCUCUCCAACAAGCAUAAAACCAACAGCUGAUGUUCAAACAAGCACAAAUGAACAAACAGUAGAUUUACCAACGAAUUCACCGAUGCAGGUAUGGUUGAUUAUUGUGAUUGUAAUCCUGGUAAUUUCCUUCUUGAUUUUCUCGGUUGGAAUUAUCUACUUCUGUUGGUGGAAGAAGCGAAACCAAGCAAGCGGGAAGUCAAACGGAAGAAGAAACAGACCAGCGGAAAGAUUUCAACCAUUACAACUGAUGGAUAGCAUGCAUACUUAUGAAAAUACUGGCCCUGUUCAACCGCCAGUAGAGACACCUUACUGUAAUGUAGAACCAAGUACGAAUGAAGAUGCGUAUGAAAUAUUUAAUGUUGGAAAGCCCAAGUGAUGGGACAAGUCUGAUUGUUUAUUACCUGAUGUGUCAAUGUUGGACAACGUAUAUAUUACGACUGUUUAGUUUUAACGCAAUUGUUAAGUUGUAACAUUAGCGUUUUUAAAAUCACAACUUAAACAUAUAUGCCUUUCUUUAACGGCGCAAAUUCAAACUUUACAAAAACCUUA